CUUUUCACUCUGCUUUGCAAACUGCCUGCUGCUUGGAGGUCACUCCAAAAAACAUCACAGCAGAGCCCAUGGUCUUCCAGCACAAUAUUUGAUCAGGAAUCUGGGCGGGUACCAACCUUGGCAAGUUGAAACUUGCACCUACAUGCUCCAUAAUACACAAGAGGAUCACACAGGCGAACUCUGAAGCUGUGGGAAAAGGUGUCUCUGAAUCUAGAUCAAAUCAGGUUGGUCCAAAGCUUGUGGCAACAAUGCACUGGGCUUCUGUUCUGAUUAUAGUUGGCCUUUGCCGAGUGUCCUUGAGCCAGUACGACGAUCAGUAUGAGGACAUGGCCUGGCUACAGCACUAUUUACGCAGCCAAUCCUCUUCUUACAGCUAUUCUCCAUAUUACGAAGAUGAGGUUCCCCCAUAUUCUUCUUACUCUUAUGUGCCAGCUGGGUCCUCUGUUGGGGAGCCUGUCCCUGAACCACCUGUUUCCAGGGAAUGCCCCCAAGAAUGCGAAUGCCCCCCCAACUUCUCUUCUGCUAUGUAUUGUGACUCUCGCAACCUCAGGUAUCUUCCUUUUGUGCCUUCCCGGAUGAAAUACGCCUACUUCCAGAACAACCAAAUUGGGGCUAUCCAAGAGGGAGCCUUUGACAAUGCUACCAACCUAGAGUGGCUUGCGUUGCACGGCAAUCAAAUAACCAGUGAGAAAAUGGGAAAGAAGGUCUUCGCCAAGCUCAAGAACCUAGAGAGGCUAUACCUUGACCACAACAACUUGACCAAGAUGCCUACCCCUUUACCACGGUCACUGCGAGAGCUUCACCUGGCUUAUAAUCAAAUCUCCAAGGUGCCAUCCAAUGCUCUUGAAGGCCUAGAGAACCUCACCGCCCUCUAUCUCAGCCACAACCAGAUCCAUGAAAUUGGUUCAAACCUCAAGGGGUUGAAGUCUUUGAUUCUUGCAGACCUGAGCUAUAACCAGCUCAGGAGAGUCCCUGAUGGCCUUCCGAUUGCCUUGGAGCAGUUGUAUCUGGAGUAUAAUCACAUACAAACUAUCCCCGAUGAUUUCUUCAAAGUCUCCCCCAAGUUGCUCUAUGUACGUCUUUCUCAUAAUAGCCUGACAAAUGAAGGAGUCUCCCCCAAUGCUUUUAAUGCAAGUAACCUCCUGGAGCUAGAUCUCUCGUACAACAGGCUUCAGAAGAUACCACGAGUCAGUACAAGCCUCGAGAAUCUCUAUCUCCAAGGAAACAAAAUAAAUGAAUUCACCAUCAGCAGCUUCUGCACCAUCGUAGACAUCAUGAAUUUUUCCAGGCUACAAGUUUUGAGGUUGGACGGGAAUGAGCUCCGUCGGAAUAACCUGCCCUCCGACGCCCCACUCUGCCUGCGAUGGGCGAGCGUAAUAGAGAUUUAGCCAUUGCUCCGGAUCCUUUCCUUAACCCCUUCCCUCCUUACAAGGCCAGACCCCUCCUGCGAUCACACGGGAGCGCAGAGGCCGACAUUCUCAAUUUUAACGCAGCUUCAUUUGACUCAGCUUCUGCAUUUGUAUAAUGUAAGGGGGGUUGAUAAACUAGAUCCAACAGAUGCUGCCCCAUUAUUAGCCAGUCAGGUGACAGCAACUAUGCAGGCAAAAAAAAUAAUAUUAUUAUUUUUGCCCACCUUCUUUCAGUCUCCUGUUCUUCAGCAACUAAUCAGUUAUCUGGUCUUCAUGCUGUCAGGCAGCAUGUAUCUCUCCAUUUAGGUGGGUGGUAAGGCAAGCUUUUGUUUCAUUUCACAUGUAUAGCUUUAGAAGUUUGAUGCCAGCUGGGAUGCCUUUGGGAUUUGUUUUUCCUUGUAGGAGGGUCGCCAUGAGAGAAAGAGUGUGUGCACGGUGGGGGCGGAUGAGAUUGAAUCCAAACAAAAUGAAAACAGAUUAAACAGUUGCCCACACAGCAAGGAGCAAUUAGAGACCAGAGGGUGGGGAAAUGGAGAAAAGAGAAAAGGAGAGAGAAAAUUACUAACAUGAGAGGAUCCAGGUCUUUAGCUGGUUUUCAAAGAUGAAUAGAGCUCCCCUGGUGAUGACUUGGCUUUUUCUCCCCCUCUUUUCACUUUAUUUGGUUUUCUAUGCUGAUUAAAAGUCCUACAAAUAAAUGCAAUAAUGUAAGUUAUCUAAUCUUAGCAAACUAAUAUCAUCCACAAUGUGUUCACAAUUUACCCUGGAAAGACACAAAUGUAUUCUGAUAUUCCUGCAGUUCCAGAGGGAGCAACUUCCCCAUUCUUUACCAUCCUUACAUUUUCCUCAAUUUAACAACCAUGUAUUAUUCUCCCUAUUGAUUUUUAAUUCUUAUUUCUUCCAGUUUUGUGCAAUCUGUAAUGUUAUAACAGAAAGAUUUAAUCCAGCGGGGAUUUUGACACUGUUGCAUUUAGAUAAAUAGCAGCCAUUGGAUCAAAUAAUAAAAGGGUACCCACAAUCUAAUAUAGCUUUUAUUGUUUAUACGUGUAGGUCCAUCAUACAUGUAGAAAAUUUCCUCUGUCUGUACCAUAAUUGUAUGAGGAAAAAUGCUUUCAUUUUCAGAGGAAAUAAAUUUUUAUGGAUUUGUAAAUUUUUGAUAGCAUUAAGCCUCAGUUGGGGCUUCGAACACACUGCAUAUCUUUAAUCUCUUCCAACCCAGACAGGAAAGAGUUUUUUUCCACCCUCAGCUAUAAUGCAGUUCAGUUUAUUAGCCAGUGCUUGCAGAAGACAUAUUACUUUCCAUGCACUCCUUGGGUGCAUAUAAAGAAUGCUGCAGUUAUUGAAGCAACAUUCCUGGCCUGUUAUAAAAUACAACAUGAGCCAAGCUGGCAUUAAAAUACCUGGCAAGACUCACCAUCAUUCAGUAAAGCAGAUGAGUUGACUUGCCAGCAUAGCAUGAGAAACUGGGGGCUUUAUAAUUGUACUGCUCUGCAAGUGCCCAUUCAGGUAUUGCAGUUCAAUAAAAGUUGUAUCCCAGAUUGUUUUGUACAGCAGAAUCCCAUUCUAGCGUCCCAUGUGUUUCAUUGUAUUUGUUGUAACUUGUUUGCUUAGCUAUAGAGUCGUCUCAGCUGAAUUUCAUACACAUGGCAGCACCAAGUCUUGCUCUAAGAAUGUAUGCUUCUUUCGUCUCGAGGUUCUCCCCCCUCAUUCACUCAAUCCUUUCAUUUGUGUGUGGCUCACGGAGGAGAGGAGACGUAGAAGGAGGAGCAAGUGAGUUUUACGGGGAUCUUGGGAAGCUCAAAAUGCCAUCGAAACUGCCUUGUGUUUAAAGUGUAUGCUGAUAAUAUAAAAGAAAUAUAUAAAAGCAUGAAUUGUAGAUAUCAUUACUGAUCAAUAAAACCCUUUUUGUAAUUGCA